CUGCUAUCAUUGAUCGCUAAAAGGCAAUUCUCAGAGAAAUUACACCGUGCAUACUUUGCAACGCCAAAAAAGACGGGGUGCAUUUGCUUGCCGCUUUUUCAUGGGUGUUGCAGUACUAUACGCGUAUCUAAGCAUUCGAGUUGA